GGUUUGCAUUGUUUGUGGUCUCAUCACAUGACCCUUUUAUUUUGUUCCCGUGAUCAAAUUGUGGAAAUUCAAAAAUAAUUACGCGCAAUGGCCAAAGUAGAAAUUGACGUUGAUGACAUGCAUGAAAAUUCACUUGAUAACAGUGCAGAUAGUGAAUAUUUGGGCAUGGUAGAUGAAGGAUCAUUUGGGAGUAACGAAGAGAGAUCUCAACUUGUGGCUCAGCCUUACUUGGAUACUAACGAGAAUUCCACUACAUAUGACUUCAAAGAUAUAUCUGGCUCUGUGAAAUAUAAGUUAAUAACUAUGACUGGGGAACAGGCUGGAAUUAACAUCACGCAUUCACCAUCGCCUGAUGCAGAAUAUUUUGUAAUCAGCAACCCUGUGGAAGUGUUUGGUACUACAACUACACCAAAGAAGAAUACUCGAAGGGAUCCUAUGGCUGCCAAAGCAGUCACUGCAAAAAAGCGUGACGACAAAAGGCGAGCGACUCACAAUGAAGUAGAGAGACGCCGCCGGGAUAAAAUUAACAGUUGGAUCACUAAGCUUGCUAAUCUUGUGCCCAAUUCGGGACUGCCUGACUCUGCUAGCAAAGGAGGAAUAUUAGCUAAGGCCUGCGACCACAUAACUGAUCUUACGGAGAAACAAAAGAGACUAGAGAAACUGGAAGUUGAGAACGAGAAACUUGUACUAGAAAUAUUAAGACUCAACCAGGAGUUGGCUGAAGUACGCAAGGAAAACGGUUCAAUGCGCAACCAGUUAGCCGACAACUGCAUAGUGUUAUCCCACAGGCCGAAAGGUCAGAAAUCUUAGUUCAAACUGAAAGUGAUGUGACGGACUUGAUAAUAGAUUAACCAAGGUGCUGACUGUUUGUGAAGUGACAACUGAAAGAGACCUAAUCCACAUUAUAAUCAAUACUGUCGUUAUGUCAAACCAAAUGACACAUGUUUUAUUUUUUUCAACUAGCAAUACUCAAUGUUUUUGGGCUGCAUGAGAUUCAAUGAGCCAUUUUGGGCCUUAUGGUUUAUCAGUAUGAUUAUAUUAUGAACUGGGUAGCCAACAGCCUGUUUUUAUUUUAAUGUUUAUUUGGCCUGAAAAUAUGGUAGAACAUUGCUGGUUUUAGUAAAAAGAUCGAAUGCAUGUUCAUAUCUAGUUUUUAGUAGUAUUGAACCAAAUACUGGAUAUUCUCAAGGCAGCUGAGGCAGUAUUCAGUCAAUGUGAAAUGUUUAUCUUAUCCUAUUAUUUUAGUUCUUGUAUAUUGACAACUUAUACACUGUAAUGAUUUGUUGUUAUUAUUUUCGUUUUAUGAAUAUAAUUAGUUAAUGUUUUUAAUUCUGACGCUUCUGUGAGUUUUUUAGGUGUAUAAGUUGACAAAUUAUAUCACAAUAGACUUAUAUUUUGUUGACAUGAUAUGAUAGGGGUGUCAAUCUUUUGUACCAAAUGAAAUAUUUGAAAUUGUUUUUGUAGAAGUCAAUAAUUGUGAGAUUUAUACUGAGUCCAGUAGUGGACAAAAAAAGCAUAACAUAUUCAAUUCAAGUAAGAAACUUUUUACUACUUUUCAUUUGUUUACCAGAAGUUUUGUCACCUCUUAUUUUUUUUUUAUUUCAUCUUCCACUGCUAAAAUUAAUCAUUGUUACAAUUUUUAAAGUUUGUAGUCAAAACGUGUUAAUAGUAAAUACAAUAGAUGUGUCUGUGAUCUGUGGCACUAAAAUUUAGACGCCUAACGAUAGCUCUAAGUAAUUAAACAAGAGAGUAUGAAUUGAAGUUGUAUACAAAAAUUAUGUGAAUUAAUAUUAUAGUAAAAUUUAAGGUGAUGUUGAUGGAAUCUGGCUGUAAGGGCCAGUGCACACUUAAACUGCUUUGGACUGUGCAAUGUUCCAGGACUUCAAUUGGUGUGACUUUUCACAUAUCACUCUAUAAAUAAGGCCUGUUAGGUGCAGAGUCUUAUCCUGAAAUGCCAGUCCUAUGUUGAAGGCAGAAGUACCAAUAGCACGAACCUCAGCAUAGAGUAUGAGGUUUGUUUUUACGUUACUGCUUAUUUAUUUUUUAGUUACGAAAAUGUUGUUCGUGCUAGAGGUGCUUAGUUAUAGUUCUGCAGUUAGGAAGUUUGAAUGCAUGUCUUUCUGUACCAAGCCGAGAAUAACAUGACGAUGUAUUCGUAACUGACAUACGAAAUGACGUCAAGGUGUUAAUUUUCAGGCCGCGGUAUACUGAACAAAGUCUAUUUAGUGCUGGAACCCAUUUGCACUGAAUGACGGCUAAAUUAUUUAUAGAAUCACAACUUAUUAAUCCUCUUCCUUCGUGCUAAUGGGUCCAAAAUCCUGUAUGAAUGUUCUAAAAUAACUAUGUAUGUUGUUCUAGUUAUACAUUUUUAUAUGAUACUAGUUAUAGAACUUACGAGUGCGUAAGCAAAUAGUUUUAAAGUAGGGUAUGCUAGCUUUAAGAGUUCAUUUGUUCAUUAUUUAACAAUUGGCUUACAAUUGAUGACAGCAUUUAAAAUCCACAUACAAAUGAAUCACAAGGAGAUACAUGCAUAUAAAUGUUACGCCGGUUAUGUUGCAGGAUAAAUCAUUUGGUAUUUUAUAUUUUUUUUAUGUAGCACAGUCCUACUUGAAUAUAAUCAGGUGUUGUUGA